GGAGUUGGCACAGAGCAACAGCACAAUGUUCGAGGAAAAACUCAUCAUCGGUGUGGCUUCGGCCUGCUCCACUCUCUGACCAUCGUGGCCUGCCUGAUCGUGGUCCCAUCGCUCUACAACACCAUCAAUGAGAUGCACGACCAGGUCCUCGAAACUGUCUCUGUGUUCCGCGUCGAGACCGACUCUGCUUGGACCCAGAUGAUGGACUUCCAAGUCACGCCUCGUGAGAACCCAUUCGGCUCCAUCUUCCGUUCGAAGAGACAGGCCGGUCUUCCCUCAUACUGCCAGUGCACUCCUACUAGAGUUACCUGCCCACCUGGACCACCUGGACCUCCUGGACGACCUGGAGCACCU